AUGAAAUCGCCGAUAAUUGAGUCAAUGGAUGAAUUUAAAAGUAGUUGGUUAAACGAUCGAUAUCUGAGUCGCUUUCAGCAGAUUAGCACUUCAUUGUGCCCGCAAUACCGCAUCACCAGGAAAUGCAAUAAACCUGGCAAUAGCGCAAUUGAUAUUCAGUCGAGCCGUUCUGGUGAUUAUGAUUUAACUUUACUUGAAGGAUUUGAUGUACGAAAUAAUCUAACAAAGGCAUUACAUCCUCAUCAACCACAUAUAUUUGAUUCGAAAUUUGAAAGGAAAAGCGGAACCAUUUUUUUUUUGCGGAAAAGCUGCACCGAUCGAUUAUGUCGGAGCAUUUAUUUAUCAGAUGCAAAUGAACAUAAGGAUGAACAAGCACACUAA